AAAUGCCGUAGGUAAGCAGCUCGCUAGGUUUUGAGACUCGGCCAUUUUCUGUUUUCAAACAGGACUGAGCUCAGAAUAGCUCAUUGAAUUGUAGGCAUGACCGAGGCCGAUAUUGCGGUAAAGUCCAGCCCGCGCGACUAUAAAAAACUGACGCGGCUGUACUGUAUGAAUGGAGGAUUUCACCUUCAGAUCCUGGCGGACGGGACAGUGGCUGGAGCAGCAGACGAAAACACAUACAGCAUACUGCGCAUAAAAGCAACAAGUCCAGGAGUGGUGGUGAUCGAAGGAUCAGAAACAGGUCUUUACCUCUCGAUGAAUGAACAUGGCAAGCUGUACGCUUCAUCAUUAGUGACGGAUGAAAGUUAUUUCCUGGAGAAGAUGGAGGAAAACCACUACAACACAUAUCAGUCUCAAAAGCACGGUGAAAACUGGUAUGUCGGAAUAAAAAAGAAUGGGAAAAUGAAACGGGGCCCAAGAACUCACAUCGGACAAAAGGCCAUUUUCUUUCUUCCACGACAGGUGGAGCAGGAAGAGGACUGAGGCAUGAAACCUGUAGCCAGUUGCAUAAACUAUAGCAUUACAAUUAGGCAUGGGACGAUAACCGUUUUCAAGGUAUACCACAGUUUGGGAAAUUCAUUUUUUUUUUUUUUUUUUUUUGGACAACAGUAUCUUCAGCAGAAAAGAUCUCCAAAGAUACCAUUGUAAAUUGUAAAGGAAUGUGUGUUUUUAAAAUGAACGAAGAUAGCAAAAGACAAUAUGAGUUUUUAAGCCAGACAUGUUUACUGUCCCAAAAUAUUUUAAAUGUUUCUCAAAAUUCUAUAUAUUGCGUUCAAAAUGGAAAAACUUUUUUUUUUUUCGUUUUUUAAGCGAGUUUUUUACCCAGACAUUUAAAAAGAAUAUAUUUAAGAGCAGUGAUCACAACACAGAGAAACCGUGAUAAUUUUAUCCAAGGUUAUCAUACUGUCAGCAUCUUGUACCGGCCCAUGCCUAAUUACAAUUGAUCUCAUUUUGUUUUUUAACACUUUGACUAACUGCUAGUAUGACAAGCUGUUUAAACAUUUAAAGGGGUCAUAUGACAAUGCUAAAAAGUAUAUUAGCAUUAUUAUAUUAUGUUGCUUACACUAUUUAAUGUUAAAAAUCAAACAUUAUAUUUUCAUAGCGUUCAGUAUUGUUGCUCAUGUCUGGUCUGGCUUUCUGAAAUGCCUUGCUUUUUACUAAGCUCAUCAUUCUGAAAAGCGCAGUGUGCUCUGAUUGGCUAGCUAACCACUUUGCUGUGAUUUGCCAAAUACCUCAAGCAUGUGUCAAAAAUGUUAUGCCCUAACUACCUUUUUAACUCCAGGCUGAUUCUAAUUCAGAAAAUGCAGAUGACCAAGCUGAUCGAUAACGUUACCAGUGUGACUUAAGCAGAACAUAACAGAUUGGGAAGGUUUAAUUUUACGACUUACCUGUUUUGGGUUAGAGACUAGAGACUAAUCUUUGAGGAUCUAUUCUAUGCACAAACAGCUUUUAACACUCCAAAGAUCACAUUUCAUAUGACUCAUUUAAUCUAUAAACUACUGUGUCUAUUUUGGAGUUAUUAACUAUUUUUUAGAUUUUAAUAUAUAUAUUAUUUAUUAAGCAGGCCUAGGCUAGUUCUUAUUCAUUAGCUACUGGUGUUGUAUUCAGACCAUAUAGUUACUAGUACUUAUUUAAGAUACUUGUCCCUUGUACUUUAAA